CCAGAAUGAGGGAUGUAACCAAUGACCUACCCCUUCUUUUACUUUUUAUAAAAUUUGACUCUAUAGCCUGAAAAGAAAACUUCAAUUAUGGGAAAUUCUGCUACUACUAAUGGCACAGAGUUACCUUCCUUCACCCUGACUGGCCUCCCAGGGCUUGAAGCCUCCCAACACUGGAUGUUCCUGCUACUUGGGGCCCUUUACACAGUCUCUAUUGUGGGAAAUAGCCUGAUUCUCUUCAUUGUCAAAGAGGAGCAAAGUCUGCACCAACCCAUGUAUUACUUCUUGUCUCUUCUUUCAGUCAAUGACCUUGGUGUGUCUUUGUCCACACUGCCCUCAGUGCUGGCCACUUUCUGCUUCCAUGCCCAGGAGAUUACUUUUGAUGUCUGUAUGGCCCAGAUGUUCUUCAUCCACCUCUUCUCUUUCAUGGAGUCUGGGAUCCUACUGGCCAUGAGCUUUGAUCGUUAUGUAGCUAUCUGCAACCCACUGAGGUAUUCUACUAUUCUUACUGAUAACCGAGUUGCACAAAUGAGCCUCUUCAUUGGUAUUCGCAGUUUCUGUGUGGUUUUUCCAAUGCCCUUCCUCCUGAAGCGUCUGCCCUUCUGCAAACCCAACAUCCUGUCCCAUGCUUACUGCCUACAUCCAGACCUUAUCUGUCUACCCUGUGGGGACAUCACUAUAAAUAACAUCUUUGGCCUGUGCAUUGUUAUCUCUACCUUUGUCCUGGAUUCUGCCCUCAUCCUCCUCUCCUAUAUUCUUAUCCUCCACUCUGUGCUGGCUAUUGCCUCCCAAGAAGAAAGACUUAAAACACUCAAUACUUGUGUGUCUCACAUAUGCGCUGUACUUAUCUUCUAUGUGCCCAUGGUGAGUGUAUCCAUGGUUCACCGCUAUGGGAGAGCUGCACCACCAUACGUGCACACACUAAUGUCCCUUGUCUACCUCUUUGUCCCUCCCAUGCUCAAUCCUGUCAUCUAUUCCAUCAAGACAAAGGAGAUCCGUCGGAGGCUCAUCAGGUUAUUCUCUGUAACUAAACUCUGAAAAUUGGAAACUGGAUAAAACCACCAGUUGCAUACAGCAUCAUCCCAUGACCUUCAUUGUGCCUUUAAGUGUUAGUUUUAGAAGAUUAGCAUAAAG